UAUUACGUAAGGUAUUACUGCCCAAAACGAACGUGUCUGGCUGGCAUCUGUCACGAUGCAUCCAGUAAAUAGCAGAUACUUUUAAAUCCGGAACUGUCGCAGUGUCGUAGACUUGCUAUAGAAGUCGCUGAAUUGUGGGUAGCAGCAUCCAGUCCGCUUCCGAUCAGCAAUCAUAAUGGAGGCCGUAUUAAAUGACUUAGUUGCAGUCGAGGAUUUAAUGCGUUUUGAGAAGAAAUACCUGGCAGAGCUGUCAUCCGGCGCACUCAGCAAGAGCACUCAGUUUGAGUAUGCCUGGUGUCUUAUACGAAGCAAGUAUACCUCAGACAUCCAAAAGGGAGUCGUACUGUUGGAAGAACUUUUACCAAAGGGAGGUAAGGAAGAGCAGCGGGAUUAUCUAUUUUAUUUGGCAGUGGCACAUUAUAGGUUAAAGGAGUAUGAAAAGGCUUUGAAGUAUGUCCGAACUCUUCUGAAAUCAGAACCAAAGAAUUCACAAGCCCUGGAACUGGAGAAAGUCAUAGAAAAAACAAUGCAGAAAGAUGGGCUUGUCGGCAUGGCUAUAGUCGGUGGAAUGGCUCUAGGAGUUGCAGGACUAGCUGGCCUCAUAGGAUUGGCUAUCACCAAGUCCAAAUAAAACAAUUGCUUACAACAUGCCUGUGUUAUUUUUUGCACUAUUUAUAAUCUCUCAAUCUUAAUUUUCAUAAAAAAAUAUCCAAAAUCGGUUAAAGGGACAGUCUAGGCCAAAAUAAUGAUUCAGAUAGAGCAUGUAAUUUUAAACAAUUUUCCAAUUUACUUUUAUCACCAAUUUUGCUUUGUUCUCUUGGUAAUUCUUAGUUGAAAGCUUAACCUAGGAGAUUCAUAUGCUAAUUUCUUAGACCUUGAAGGCCACCUCCUUUUCAGAAUGCAUUUUAACAGUUUUUCACCACUAGAUGGGGUUAGUUCAUGUAUUUCAUAUAGAUAACUUCACGUGCCCAAGCACAGUGUUAUCUGGGAGCAGGCACUGAUUAGCUAAACUGCAAGUCUGUCAAAAGAACUGAAAUAAAGGGGCAGUUUGCAGAGGCUUAGAUACAAGAUAAGCACAGAGGUUAAAAGUAUAUUCAUAUAACUGUUGUUUAUGCAAAACUGGGGAAUGGGUAAUAAAGGGAUUAUCUAUCUUUUAAAACAAUAAAAAUUCUGUUGUAGACUGUCCCUUUAAUCCAUUUAAACCAUGUAUGGAAUUUAUAAUUUAUUACUUUAUCCCUUAAUGCCUUGGGGUAGUGUUUGGCAACAAUGUCGGAUAUGUUUUUUUACAUUUAAUCAGUUUACUAUCUGUCAUAUUUAUGAUUAUUAUCGUUCUCUGGAACAUUUAUUUUUAUUAAUACAUAUUGAUGGAAGCCUAUUUUUUAAACCAGUGUGUAUCUAAAAUUUAGAUGAUUUAUAUAAUUUUCUUUAUUUAAAAUAAGAAUAGAAAACUUUUUUAUAUAUUUUUUUCUCUCGUUGUAACAACUAAAAGAGGCUGCUCUUGCACAAAAUAUUUUUGAACUGUGAUUAAUUUUCCUAUAAAUAAUCUACCAGUAUACAAAGGUGUCUCUAACGACUCAAGUGUUGCCAACCAGAGUGACAUUUUUCCAUUUAUAUUCAGUUUAAAUAUUUAGAAACCCAAAAAAGUCUACACCUGUUUUUAAAGUAUUCUAGUUCUUCACCAUAUUCCGAGGUGAGCCUAUUAUUUUUUAUUUAAAUUUAUUUAGAAAUGUAUUCCAAUUAACUUAAUACAUUUUUGGUUAUUCCACAUUAUGUUUGAAAUGCAUUAAUUAGGUAGCUUAUUCUUUUGAAGCCCACUUUAGUCCUAGGUUGUAGUUUUUUGUUGUUUGUACUAACGAAAAUAUACAGUAAACUUGCAUAAUCAACAAAUAUGUAAUAAAAAGGCUAUAACACUUUCAAA